AUGUUGUAAGAUUCUUUCUUGAGCAUUGCAUAUGCAAAAUACAUUCCUCCGAAUAUUGCCAUGUUAAAUGAAGCGGAGUCAAUAACAAGUGAGAGACUGUUCGAGAAAUUAAAGGAAAAGUAUUCUGAAGUGCAUGAUUAAAAUAGAUAAUAAACUUGUGGUAACUAAAGUAAAAUAAGUGAUUUCCAUAAUUCUUCUGGAGUCUCUUAAAUUGGUUACUCGUUCAAUUGGGAAUAUUCUUUAGCAGCUUCAGGGUAAAGUAAUCCCUCUUUUUUGUAAUUUUUUUACAAUUCUUAUUGCUUUUUUUGCAUGCUCUCUUGCAUCAUUCUACUAAUUUUUUCUUAUUACUUCUUUUUUUCCAAACUGAAAUGGAAGCUUUAGAGAUAAUUUAACCUCCCAACAUACUAAGUAUUAACAUUUUUUUAUUGGCUAAUUUAUUAUGAGUGA